UUGGCAAGCAGGCAAGAGGCCAGAGCUAACAAGUGUUGGCCAUAGCUCUUUGGGGUGAUACUUAAUAAGAUGCGUGUUGUCUGUUUUAGAAAUAAAGUAACUGUCCCCUUAGGCUCUCUGUCUCUUAUGUGAACCACUGUUGCUUUACAGUGUUACAGAGGAAAAGGGAAACUGGAAGUUUGUUUGUUUGUUUAUUUUAACCCUGAGGUGUCCUUGAUCUUAUGCAGUAUAGAGCUAUCUUGCAUGCCCUGCGCUGAACUACAAUGUCAAGUGGAACAAGUGAUAUGUCUUACCUGCAAAGGAUAGUUGUGAGUCACGAGGUUCCCUGACCCUGAAUGGUUGAGAGCCCAGCUGCAGCUUCUAUUCUGGAGGCAGCAUGUCCAUUCAGUCCCCAACCCAGGACUGGGUUGCGUUCCCAAGUCUAACUCAGUUAUUUGGAACCGAGAAGGCAUUUUUUUGGUAUAGGUUCAGUGUUGUAGCGGUGGUAAGUUCCCAGCCUAGACUGAAGAAAUCUGUUUAAGUCACAGCGCAGCUUUGUAAACUGUUAGUGCUGAUAGCUGAAUUCCCGGCUUUGGGGGCUGGGGGUAAGGAAGGGACCCAGCUCUCCCCGGCGCCUGUCUCUGCCCGUGCCUGUCCGUGCGGGGACACCCUGCAGCCUCAGGCCACAGCAGCCCUCCUAGUUCAGCCUCCUUCUCUCUUGACUUGAAGCUUCCACUCCCCUGUUCAACUGAUCUCCUUUAAAUAGUAGUCACAAAGCAGGUGGUUCAAAUGCAUUUCUGUAACUAAUGUGCUUCCAGAGGGCCACAGUUCCUACUAGACUACCACUGUUACUCAGCGCUAGAACAACUAUGGCCUUAAUUGUCUUAGCUUAUUUCGCCCAUGUCUCUUGCCCCUCUUAGAGAUACAGUAUUAUUAUUUUUACAAAGGAGAUUCCUUACUGAUAAACAUCAUCUCUGUGAAAUGUUGGCCUGUAGUCAGUGUACCAGAGUUUCAAGGGAAAGGUUGAGGGAAUUCGAGCGGGUUCAGGCAGAGCCCAUGUAGGAGGCAGCCCUGGUUCCUGGAGUUGGGAAGAAGCCUUGUCUGCUUUAGAAAGGUUCCUUCUGGAGAGCAGAUGAUAACAUAUUCUCCCACAUCCACAAGACCUGGGAGGUUGCGGACGGGCUGUGUCUGGAGGUGGAGGGGAAUAUGGUCAGUAGGACAGAGGGUAACAUUGAUGACUUACGCGUUGGUGGCUAUGCAUCUGCUGAAAUCCCCAAGGGCAAAGCUGCUGAAAGCAUAGUAAUCACUGGUGUUGAUGUUGUCUUGAACUAUCACUUGCAGGAAACCAACUUCACAAAAGAAGUCUACAAAAAGUACAUCAAAGAUGAUAUAAAAUCAAUCAAAGGGAAACUUGAAGAACAGAGACCAGAAAGAGUAAAACCUUUUAUGAUAGGGGCUACAGAACAAAUCAAGCACAUCCUUGCUAAUUUCAAAAACUAUCAGUUCUUUAUUGAUAAAAACAUGAAUCCAGAUGGCAGGGUCGCUCUGCUGGACUACCGUGAGCAUGGUGUGACCCCAUAUAUGAUUUUCUUUAGGGAUGGAAUAUGGUAACACAGUUGGCAGUUACUUUGGGUCUGUCACCUGUCGUCAUAACUGGCUGGCUGCUGCUUUUCAUCCGCACAGCACCAGGGCUUGGACAAAUGGGACUGAUGUCAUCUCGAGCUCUUCAUUUGUUCUGAACGGUGAUUUAUUUGGCACGAAGGCAUUGUUUUUGAGAAAACAUGUCAUGUACGUUGUCUAAAAAUAAAAUGCAUUUAAACUCAAGAAAAAGAAAAGUUCCUCAUUGAGAACAGUGAAUCUGCUCAGCUUUUUUUCAAAGCACUCAUGAUCCUUUUUUUUCCUCUUUUUUUUUGCGGGAGGAACCACAGCUUGAAAGGGUUUUAAGUUUUAGCAGUGACUCGGUUUCUGGAAUCUUGGAGUAGUGGUAGAUCAGGGCAGGGUAAUGGCUGUAAGUUGGGGUGACUUGUGCUUGCCAGAGCUGUGUGCUAGUCUCUACCUGUAUUUCUAAUCCUUUAUAGACUCUUAUCACAAAGCCCCUUCUUUCCUCAAACAAAGGGAAAUAAUUGAUCUUUCCUUUUUGUUAUUACCUCUUUAAGGGGUUUGGAUUGUCUGGUUUUUAAGAACAUCUUCAACAUUUUAUGAAACUAAGUAUAAUAAGGAUUAGGGACUUGAUUUUUCUGGUACAGGUAGAGAAGACUUCUUCACGAAAUGUUAAUGGCAGGCUUAAUGUUUUGAUUUACUUUUAAAAUGUGUAAUAGUUGUAAAAAUAACAUUACAAGCUUCCUCUAGCCCCCAAGUAUACAUUUCUUGAUGCUGAAUUCUCUGUGUGGGGCCUGAGCCCUGUGGGGGUUGAAAGGACAGGGCAGUGGAGAGUCAGUGUCUCUGGGACACUGGGUUGAGGCUCUGCCCUCGGGUUUACGAAAUAGCACUGGGCUGACUCAGGGCAGGUGUAACAGGGGAAGAGUAACGUGACGGAUAAGGCAGAUGACCCAGAUUGUCCAAGGUCAUGAGAACAGAAUACACGUUUAUACAGUGCAUUUGAGUAAAAUGGAAGUAUGGUUUAGCUCUGGAGUUAUAAAGGUAGAUGGAAAUGUAACUUAUGGGUGUCACUAACAUUAUUGAUUUCUGUGCUAAUACUAAUUACAUUUUGAGCUAAAUGAGUAGAAAGUUUAAAACAAAGAAGUGUGGAAUUAUUAUUUUCCAGUUUGUGAAAGUGAACACUAGUGCCACUAUAUGCCAUGUUCCUUGAAGGCAUGGAAGUCUCAUGUUUUUUGUGCUUUCAUUUCCCAGUCCGCUGCCGUGUGCCUGGCCUACAGUAGAUGUUCAGUAAAUGCUAGUCAAAUAAUUGAAUUUCAGUUUUGCAUGUUGUACUUGUGCUAGGGAUUGUUAGUCUUCCUAGUUUGCUAAAAGAUAAAAGGAAUAGAGGAAAUUUUCUGUGGUGUAGAAGGACUGCUGAUUGUAAACAUUUGCUGGUUAAAUUAUCUUAUGAUAAGCUAGUCAUCAUUUUCAUUUAAAUGAAUGUGUUAGCAUAUAUAUAUACACAUUUACUUACUGAAACAUGUUUUAUCUGUGAAGCAAAUUUUGGAGUUCUAGUUAUUUAAAGCAUGAAUUCUGAUGAACUAAUUUAUUGAGUAAAUUGAAAGUACUGGUAGCAUGGAGUUCUUAGGGCUUUGAUUUGUGGUUUGGUUAGCAACUUUGGGGCUUCCCAGGUGGCACUAGUGGUAAAGAACCUGCCUGCCAAUGCAGGAGACACAAGAGUUGCAGGUUUGAUCCCUGGAUUGGGAAGAUCUCCUAGAGUAGGAAAUGGCACCCCACCCCAGUAUUCUUGCAACUCUGACUUUAGAAAGAAUCUUAAGAAACAUCCUAGUGGAAGUGUGCCUUCGGCUGGAGAGUUUUUGUCGAAAGAGGUAUGGGAAGAACCCUCAUCUGUAUCAAGGUGAGGAUUUAUAGUUAAGGUGAAAGUGAAAGUGAAGUUGCUCAAUUGUGUCCGACUCUUUGCGACUCCAUGGACUGUAGCCCGCCAGGCUCCUCUGUCCAUGGGAUUCUCCCGUUAAGGUAGCCCUCGAAAAAAUGGAGUUACCCUUUCAUGUCUUUCUCCUUCUGUCCAGUUUCCUGUCCUUUAAUGUACUCGCUGUGAAGUGCCCAUAAUGGACACUGCAGGGCCCCCAGGCCAGCCCCGGGGAGUCACAGGGCAGGUCUCAGCUCAUUUCAGUGGCUCCUGGAUCGCCAAGAAUUUAAUGUGCUUGGGUUCAUUUCACUUGAAAAAUUGACAAGAACCAAGUACAUUAAGAUAGGGUGAAUUGGGCACCCUUCCAGCUGUUGAAUCAUUUAGGAGUUCAUUUGUGCAGUAUUAAAAUUUGAAAAUCCGUAGGCUUUGGUUUAUAUCCUGUUAUAACAUGUGAUCACAAAAAAAGAAUCAUUUUGUAGCUGUGUUUUUGUGUGUGUUAUUUUUGGCCAUUUUUAGAGGUUCCUGCAAACUAUACAUGUAAGUUCGUUAUAAAUGUAGUUUUUUAGACAAGCAGUGUUAGGGGGUGGGACACCUCUGAUCUUUUCUUCUGACCUUCUACUCAAAUGCUUAAAGGAUUCUUCCUGCUUUCAUUUGAGGCAUUUGAAAAUUUUCUUUUAGUUACUGUUAUGUAGUCCAGUUAAUUUAACAUAAAGGAUUAAGGACUAUGAUUUUCUUUUCAAAUCUUUAUCCAGUUUGGAGGGAAAUUGGAUUUGGAAUGGAUAAGGUUACAGUUUUACCAGCUAAGGCUGGUAAAAGCUUCUAGUAAUAGAGAAUUUACUCCCAAAAUACUUAGCCCAAAUGAAAGCUCAUUUUGCUUCUGAAAGUGAGCCUUAUUUGUUCGUCUCCACUUCCCCGGAGGUAUUUUCAUUUUAUUAGUAGAAGAAGAUGUGUGACAUUUCCCGCUUAAAGAACUGAGACCUUCUAAAAGUAUUGAGUGGUGGUAAAGUAUUUAUUUGAUAGUAAUUACAUUUUCCCUAGUGAUGUUACAUUUUUACAGUUUCUUGGUUGUAGACAUUGAUAUUCUGAGUUUUUUGUGUUUUCCCCCUUUAGAAGAGAGGUGUGCUGAUGAGGAAGUAGUUUGUAAUUUUACCCAAAAGAAUUAGUCAAAACGAUCUGUCCAAAGGUGCAGUAAGACUUCAAGAGGUACAGGCAUGCUCACGCUCAGUCGCUCAGUUGUGUCUGAUUCUUUGCGGACUGCAUGGGCCAUAGCCUACCAGGCUCCUCUGACUAUGGGAUUUUCCAGGCAAGGAUACUAGAGUGGGUUGCCAUUUCCUUAUCACACUUCACAGAUACUGUUUUUUCACAAAAUGAAAGGUUUGUGGAAGCUUUGCAUCUAGCAGGUCUAUCAGCACCAUUUUUUCCAACAGCGUUUGCCCACUUCACGUCUGUGUUCACAUUUUGAUAAUUCUUGCAAUAUUUCAAACUUCUUCUUUAUUAUACUUGGUAUGAUGCUCUGUGGUCAGUGAUCUUUGAUGUUCCUGUUGUAGUUGUUUUGGAGUAUCACGAACCACGCCCAUGUAAGAUGGUGAACUUAAUAAAGGGGUUUUCUAACUGCUCCGCUACCUGGCUGCUCCCUGUCCCUCUCUCCUUGAGCCUCCCUAUUUCCUGAGACACAAUAGUGUUGAAAUUAGGCCAGUUAAUAACCUUGCAGUGGCUUCUAAGUGUUCACGUGAAAGGAAGAGUGUUAGGUCUCUCACUUUAAAUCAAAAGUUAGAAAUAAUUGAGCUCAGUGAGGGAGGCUAACAGACUUCUUGGGCCAGGUAGUCAAGUUGUGAAUGCAAAGGAAACGUUCUUGAAGGUCGCUGGUGAACCUGGAAUGAUAAGAAAGCAAAGCAAUCUUAUUGCUGAUAUGGAGACAGUUUGGUGGUCUGGAGAGAAUACCAAACCAGCCACAGCAUUCCUUUAAGCCAAAGCCUAAUCUUGAGCAAGGCCCUAGCUCUCUUCAGUUCUGUGAAGGCUUCAAGUGAAGAAAUUGCAGAAGAAGAAUUUGAGGCUAGCAGAGGUUUCUUUAUGAAGUUUGAGAAAAGAAACUGUCACUGUAACAUCAAAGUGCAAGGUGAGGCAGCAGUGCUGGUGUAGAAGCUGGAGCAAGUUAUCCCAAAGAUCUAACUCAGAUUAUUAACAAAGGUGACACCCUAGACAAUGGAUUUUCAACACAGAUGAAGUAAUCUUCUAAUGGAAGAAGAUGCCACCUAGGACUUUCAUAACAAGAGAGGAGAAGUCAGUGCCUAGCUUCAAAGGACAGGCUGACUCUCAGUGGCUAAUGCAGCUCGUGACCUAAGGUGAAGACAGUGCUCGUUUACCAUCCUGAAUAUCCUAGGGACCUUAAGAAUCACGCUAAAUCUACUCCUCCUGUGCUCUAUAAAUGGAACAAUAAAGCCUGGAUGACAGCACAUCUGUUUACAACAUGGUUUCCUGAAUAUUUUAAGCCUACUGUUGAGACCAACUGUGCAGAAAAAUAUUCUUUUCAAAAUGUUACUGCUUGUUGACGACAUGCUUGGUCACUCCAGAGCUCUGGUGGAGAGGCAGAAUGAGGUGAAUGUUGUUUUCAUGCCUGCUAACACAGCUUCAGCUCUGUAGCCCAUGGAUCAAGGAGUAGUUUUGACUUUCAAAUCUUACUAUUGAAGACAUACUUUUUUGUAAGGCUAUAGCUGCCAUAGAUGGUGAGUCCUCUGAUGGAUUGUGGCAAAGUCAAUUGAGAACCUUCUGGAAAGGACUCACCACUCUAGAUGCCACUUAGAUCAUUCAUGAUUCAUGGGAAGAGGUCAGAAUACCAACAUUAACAAGAGUGUGGAAGAAGUUAAUUCCAGUCAUCAUGGAUGACUUCAGUGGAAGAAAUAACUGCAGAUGUGAUGGAAAUAGCAAGAGAGCUAGAACUGGAGCCUGCAGAUGGGCCUGGAUUGCUGCCGUCUCAUGAUCAGACUUGGACAGAUGAAGAGUGGCUUCUCACGGGUGAGCAAAGAAAAUGGUUUCUUUUUCUUUUUUUUUAUUAGUUGGAGGCUAAUUACAAUAUUGUAGUGGUUUUUGUCAUACAUUGACAAGAAAAUGGUUUCUUGAGGUGGAUUCUGUUCCUGGUGAAUAUGUGAAGAUUGUUGAUAUGACAACAAAGGUUUUAUUUAGAAUGUUACAUAAAUUUAGAUGAUAAAGCAGCAACAGGGUUUGAUAGGAUUGACCCCAAUUUUGAAAAAAGUUCUGUCGUGGGUAAGAUGCUAUCAAACAGCUUCGCGUGCUACAGAGAAAUCUUUUGUGAAAGGAAGAAUCAAUUGAUGUGGCAGGCUAUUCUCUUAAGAAAUUGCCACAGCCACCCAGCCUUUCGAAACUACCACCCUGAUCGGUUAGCCGUCAACCAAAAAAGAUUAUCACUCACUGAAGGCUCAGAUGAUAGCUGGUUUUUCAAAAAAGCAAUUAGGUAUUUUAAAAUAAAGAUGUAUACAUUGUUUUCAGACAUUAUGCUAUUGUGCGUUUAAUAGACUGUGUGCACACUAAGUCGCUUCAGUCGUGUCUGACUCUGUGACCCUGUGGACUGUAGCCUGCCAGGCUCCUUUGUCCUACAGAUAACGUGAACGGAACUUUUAUAUGCACUGGGAAACCCGAAAAUUCUUACGACUCACUUUACUUUGAGACAUUUUUGUUGCAGUGGUUUGAAACUGAACCUGCAUUAUCUUUGAGCUGUGUACACAUGUGCACUUUCCUGUCUCUAUAAAGUGGCUGAAAAUUCUGGAAACAGGGAGAUUUUUUAUUUUAAACAGUGUUAGUUUUGUUUUCAAAUAGCUUGUUCAUUAUGUUUACCUUCAAGCUCUGGGGCAUCUCUGUGGGCAAGCUACUUUAAUUUAUUUUUAUUUUAUUUAUUUAUUUUUGCUACCUUAAUUUUAAAGCCACAGGUGGUUACUAAUCUGAAAAGUCACAAUAAGUAAUUUAAAUAUUUUCCCCUAGUUUUUUGCUAUUUUCAGACACUCUGCUUGUAAAGAGAAGGCUCUUGGGAGCUCCUAAAAAGGUGGUUCUUCACCCUGUAUUGACUCCCUGCCCCAUGUACUUUGCGUCCCAGCAGCACAGUGACUUUGGUGUGAAUAUUCGAUUGCAGUGUCUCCUCUUGGAGACUGUCAGCUCCGUGGGAGCCUGACUCCUCUUCUUAGCAUUAUGCCAGGCACAUGGUCAGAGCUCAGUAAAUAGUUGGUGAAUAAAUGCAUGAUGAAUGACUGGGGUUAAAGACUUCAGCAUUCACAGUCAAGCAUGUGUGUUAUGAGUAUAACCCUAUGGGUGCUGGUAAUUCCAUUCUCCUUGAAUUGUGUGUGUUUUAUGGGGGGAUGUAGACUGCAUCCCAGUGAAAGAAACGUUCCAUAUAGACUUGUAGGCUUUGGGUUAAUACAUUUAAUAAUAAUUGUAUUAAUAAUAGCACCCUAGAAUAAUUUAUUUUAGUUCUCCUACUUUUAGAUGAAGAAACAACCAACCAUAGGACUGAAUUGAUUUAGUGGUUAGGUGAUUGUGUCAGUAUAAGUUUAUCUUGCAUCCAGGCCAGAGUUAUUUCACUCUACCUCCCUUGAAACAGGGUCAGGAGUAUGUUUAUUUGAUCACUGCUUGCCUAGGAUAUAUGGUAUUAAAAAGGGAAGGCGGCAGUUUUUCAGUUGAAGGAGAUUAGUGUGUUUUUUGACAUUGCUACUUUUUCUUAUGGCUAGCCUUAUGAGGGGCUUCAUAAAAAUGCCUUUAAAAACCCACAGAAAGAUCUGGGAGUCCAAUAAUUUCAUUUCCUGCUCUAAAUAUAUUGCUAAAGAGUUAUUAAAAUUUUAUUCCAAGAGAAACUCCAUCUCAGUAGUGGAAACAGACUUAGCAAGUUUGCAGUCAUACACAAUGUGCUUUCCCCCAGCUGUUGAUAAGAAAAGUAGGUCAUCAGUAUAGAAAGAGCAUUUCAAAACACAUUCGUCAUUAAUUUUUAAGUGAGAGUGCUGGGCCAGUCAUGUCGGUAAAGGUUCUGCAAUUGGGACGAGCACUCUUGGGAUUAAUUUGGCUCUUUGAAGAGGGAGGCAGAACCGAGCUUCCAAGCCUGGUCUCCUGUGGGGCACUUUAGGGAGAUGCUUCAGCUCAGAGGAUUUUAUUCGGUUCCAUCGUGUUGUCUGGGCAGGUGGCGCCUGUCUCUUCGAUGGGGGAUUCUUCAGUGAUCCUUUCUUAAAGCUCCAGGGAAGCAUAGCAUGGGUGUAUUUAUAAAGAUGCUGGUGAUAGCAAAAAACUGGGAGAUACAAGGGAUUGUAAACAUGUCAUCCUUAUAUGUUAUCUUGGGGGAAAAUAUGCCCUAUCCUUUGAUAAUGUAAUAAAAAAAAAUCUGUCAUUGAAGAGCUAGAG